AUGUUCCACCGACUAACUCGAGGUUCAUCUAAUGCGGAAGAUCCUCGGAAGCCUCUUGUAUGGACAGACCCUUCCGGAAACACGUACCACUACUUCGAGCACCCUUUCUUCAAUGCUACCAUCUUUGUCCUUACCAUGGAAAUGUGUGAGCGUUUGGCGUUCACGGGCCUGCUACCUAACUUGAAGAACUUCCUCAACGAGUUUUUGGAUUACGAUGAUACCACUGCUUACUCUUAUAUAAGCGACUUCCAAGCCAUUAUGUACUUCACGCCGCUUAUUGGAGCUGCUGUAGCCGAUACUCUGCUGGGCUUGUACAAGACUAUUAUCAUUUUCUCUGCUAUCUACAUGCUCGGUUUAGUGUUCGUCGUCCUCGCUGCAGUGCCGUCUAUAUCCGAAGCCUGGAUGGUGCAUCUUGGUCUAAUGACACUGAUUGGCUUGGGCAGUGGUGGAAUCAAAAGUUGUGUUAAUGUUAUGGGAGCACAACAAUUCCACCCUGAACUUCACAAGUCGGAUAUCACCAGAUAUUAUACGUACUUCUAUGCUUCCAUCCAGAUAGGCUCUAUCAUUGGUGGUAUUGUUACUCCCUUGAUGGUCGAGGGAGUUUCCUAUUUCGCCGCUUUCUGCGUUCCUUUGGCAGCGUUCGUCGUUGGGUUCGCCAUAUUCCUCUACGCAAGUUUCACGAACCGUUAUGUGAAGCCCCAGCCGCAAGGCUCUGCUGUUGUCCAAGUCGCCGAAGUCAUCGGUGCUGCCUGUAUGAAAUGCUCCUUGGAAAAGUGCAAGAAGUCUCGUGGCGGGAAGUACGAGGACGGCUUCAUUGAAGAUGCUAAGAUGCUUUUCCGUCUCAUCCCUUUAUUCUGUUUAAUUAUUCCCUUCAUGAUUGCCUAUCAGCAGAUGACGACAGCGUGGGUGACACAGGGUUCUAAAAUGAACCGUGAUACAUUCGGUUGGGAUAUCCCUGUACCGUUGAUGCAGAAUGUCGAUCCCAUCGCUGUUGCACUGACUUCUGUGGUUGUGGAUGGAGCCGUAUAUCCCGGUCUACGCCGAUUGGGUCUCAUGCCAUCGCCUUUAGUCCGAUGUGCUAUAGGCUCUUUUGCUGGUGCCAUCGCUCUUGUCUGUUCUUUGAUCGUGGAGUACGUCGUGAUGGCCCAUCCGGUUUUCACUAUAUCCAUUUGGUGGCAGGUAUUGCAAUAUUGGUUCAUUGCUGUGGGUGAGAUUUUCCUAGUUUCGACUUCAUAUGAGAUCGCCUUUACGAAUUCACCCUCUUCAUUGAAGGCUGUUGCUUCCGCUAUCAAUUUACUUUUCUUCUCUAUCGCUGGUCUAAUCUCUGGUGCUCUGUUCAACGCCUGUUCGCCUUGGAUGCCGACUUUCGACCCUUCCAACCCGACCGAUGCUACUGUGAAAGAUGCGCACUACGACUACUUCUUCAUCCUGUUGGCAGUUAUUUCUGCGAUUGGUGGUUGCUGUGCACUAGCUUUGAUACCGUAUUAUAAUAAAGUAUCAAGAGAGAAUCAGGCUCACCUCGAUGAGGAGGCCAUGUCUAGUAAGAGUAGCGACCUCAGUGUCAAAGUGCCCGCAGAAAAAGCUGAGGUUUGA